AUGGAGGGUUUGCUUAAGAAUGUGUUCGGUGGCUCUCAGCCAUCGGAUGCUGCCAAGGUUGAGGAUGACUUCGCCGACUUUGUGAACGCACCGGACCCAUCUCCCACCUCUAUCGUGGCCUCUUCGGCCUCCUCGGUGCCUGCAUUCAACACCGAGGGCGUCGGGGCCGGCGUCCCGUAUACGAAAUGGUACCGGGUGUGGGAACGAACGUCGCCCAAGGACUUCAUCCAGGAGGCUAUGGUGGCGCCCAUCAUCCUGUUGAUCGUCGUCUUCCAUCUCUGGGGCACCCGUAAGAACCGACGCAAGGCCCGGGACUGGGCCCAGGCCCACGCAUCCGCCCUCCACAGCGAGUUCGCGGUCGUCGGCUUCAACGGCGUCCGGAAGUCGGAGGUCACCUCGGAGCUGACUUCGCCGGAAGAUUUGUUGAAAGAGAAGACGGCCCAGGAGUUCACCUCGUACGCCACUGGCCGCCAGAACGUGGCUUUCGUGGACAUCGCGAUCAAGCUGCCCAAGCGCUACAACCCCGUGACUUACUGGAUGGAUGUGGUCUUUGGUUUCCUGUUCGACAGCUGGCAGGCGCCGACCGAGACCUACGAGGCCGUUGCGUAUACUUUUGAUGGCAAGGAGAAGGACGUGGUUCCCGUUCCUGCUCAGGAUACUUCCUCGUUGAAGGUCAACAACUCGGCCUACGAUGGCUUCAUCUGGGCCGUUGUGCACAAGAACCAUAUGCGCCAGUUCCGUCAGGAUCGCUACGAUGCUUCGAUGACUUUCACCAAGGACAACGCCAAGCUUCCCCAAUGGGCCACCGUGAUGACUGAAAAUGCCGAGAUCACCGACGCACUUCUCACCCCGGAGUUGAUCCAGGCUGUUGAGAAGGCCGGCGAUGACUUCAAGUAUCUUAUUGUUACCGACCAGCCUACUGACCGGCCUUUGAAGAUCGAGGAGACCACCCCUAGAAAGCGCAUUCAAAUUUGCGUGAGCCUUCCCUCCUCCGCUUCCGGGUAUGCGUCAACGCUGCCCUUGUUCACCCAGUUCCUCCGCUUUGCCGAUAAGCUUGUGGCGUCGGCUCACUUCCGCGCCGAGGUGAUGCGUAAGGUCCGCAACGCCCGCGAGGAGGAAAUCAAGAAGUUCCGUCGCAUGGAUGAAGAGGAGAAGGCCGAGGAGCGCAAGCUGGCUGCCGAGAAGAUCAAGAAGGAUGAGCGAGAGCGUAUUUUGCGCGGCAUGAGCGCCGACGAGCAGCGCAAGUUCCUUGACCGUGAGCGUGAGAAGGGACAGCGUCGGUCCAUGAAGCGCUACACCAAGAAGGGUUAA